CACCCGUACUCCACCACCUAAUGUCUGCCAACGGAAUAAAAAGGCGGCUCCAGAAGGACUUCUCCCGGCUCAACAAGGCCUUGAGAGCUCAGGAAACAAAGAGCAACAACCGUAUGGUGCUUCCCUACUUUGAACAGGACUACGACUUGGUUCCCAAGCACGAGCAGAAAUUGGACUUCACCCAAGUGGGUUUGGCAGAGGGCGAUUUGGUAUACAUCACCAAGGGUGAACACAAGGGCAAGAUCUCCACACUCUUCCGGUACACCCCUGAGUUUGACACCGUGUACUUAUCGGACGUCAGUGAGAAGAAGGUGGUUCCUCCUACUCAAUGGUUUGAGCAGCAAGAAAGCCAUUUGAUAGACUAUCCACAACAAAUCCCCCGUGAUCACGUCAGGUUGGCGGCCAAGGAUAUCGACAGUGCCGGCAAGACAUACUACAUUGUGGCAGAUGCGGUGGUUUACAAAGACAAGUAUUACGACGACAGGUACAAACAGUGGCUUCCCAAGCGCUUUGUCAAGCACCACGAAAGCAUCGAGGUUCCAUGGCCAGGUCCCCCAACAGACCCCAAGGACGGUGAAUUAUCUACCGAUGAGCAAGUGGCAUUGGAAAAGACGUAUGAGGUGCAAAGUAUUGCUAUCCCCCCGGUUCCUAUAGGUGCUUUGGACCAACUCAGAAACCCUCACUCCAAGUUCAAGUCCAAGAUCUUGACCGAAUUGGAUGCCAGAAGAUUGACGGCGCCCGAAAUGCCCUUGAGCAAGGAGCAGAAGAUCUACUUAGCCAAGAAGGCCCAACAACCACCUACUUCAGUGAAGGAUUUGACGGAGGAAAUGAAACAGUUGAUUGGAGAAAAGAUGGCGCAACACUUGAACCAGAUUGAAAACCCAUACAUGAAGAUACAUUUGGAUGCGUUAUCGAAGAACACCACACCGGAGUUCGAGAAGACCAUGAAGUUGAUACGGGAGACACAGGAGUUGAACAAGGCGGAGGAGCAGAAGUAGAAGGAGAAGUAGCUUGUAAAUAUAUACUGAUACGG